CAAACUGAAUUAAAGCAGAGAGGGCAACUAGGGUUUACGUUUUGUGAAGAAAAAAGUGAAAGAAGCUUAAGGAGCCAAGCCGUUAUCUUUAGUUGCUCUUUAACUUUUCGCUUCAUCCCCUAGAAGAAGACAUGCCUAAAUCAAAGAGAGACAGACCAGUUACUUUGUCAAAGACAAAGAAGAAAGGAAGAGCGCACAAGGAGGUUAUUGUAAAUGGAAUCAGAGAGGCUGUCGAGAAGUAUUCAUCCGUCUAUGUUUUCUCUUUUGAGAACAUGAGAAACAUCAAGUUCAAGGAGUUCAGACAGCAGUUUAGGCAGAACGGAAAGUUCUUCCUCGGUUCGAACAAGGUGAUGCAGGUUGCUCUAGGUCGUUCUGCUUCUGAUGAAAUGAGUCCUGGUAUCUUCAAAGCCUCCAAGAUGCUUCAUGGUGAUGCUGGACUUCUUGUUACGGAUAUGCCAAAGGAAGAGGUCGAAAGCUUAUUUAACGCUUAUGAAGAUUCAGACUUUUCAAGAACCGGAAGCACUGCUGUAGAAACGGUUGAGCUGAAGGAAGGACCUCUAGAACAGUUCACACAUGAGAUGGAACCCUUUCUUAGGAAGCAGGGUAUGCCUGUUCGUCUUAACAAAGGUACGGUGGAGUUACUCUCCGACUUUGUAGUUUGUGAAGAAGGGAAACCUCUUUCGCCAGAAUCUUCUCGCAUUUUGCGUCUGUUGGGAAUCAAGUUGGCUACUUUCAAACUCAACUUAGUCUGCAGAUGGAGCCCUAGUGACUUUGAGCUUUACAGAGAAGGCUUGGAUCUCUCUGACGUUGAAACCUCUUGAAAAAGCCAAGAUUUUGAUGAUCAACUCUUUUAAGUUUCUGAAUAUCGUAUUAUUCACAUGCGUUCUGCUUUGUUCUAUUUGGUUCUCUGGUUUGCACUUGGAUGCUUUUAUGUCAAAGUUUUGUUGCUUUAAUGUCUGUAGUAUAUCAAAUUAUCUUUAUGACUUCACCUAUUCUAGUAUUUUUAACUGAAAUACAAUAUGAAGCUUAAUA